CAGACUCUGGCUGAGCUUAGGGAGGAGAAUGACUGGAAGAAUGACCUCAUCCUUUUCUGGAUGCCAACUUCGAUUAGGGCAAAGAUGCCCCGGAUAGUGCAUUCUUGGCUGCGCAACUAUCUGGCGUGCAUGGCCAUGUAUUUUGCUGUGGGGUCCAUGUGGGUGUACUACAUCUACUGGUGCUUUGGCAAUGUCUUCUUUGGGCCAGGCAGGAUGCCGGGGGUCACUGAUGUCUUCGAGCAGAUCAGGGUUGCAAUGGGGUCGAUGCCGCUAUACGCAAUGCUGCCAGCGUUGACAGAGGCAGUGGUGGAGAGGGGGUGGACGAGGGUGUAUUCACGCAUUGAUGACGUGGGGCUGAUGUGGUACCUCGUUUAUUUCGCCCUCUACAUGACCUCAGUGGAGUUCUUUGUGUACUGGAUGCACCGCAGCCUGCAUGAUGUCAAGCUGGGCUACAGCUGGUUCCAUCACACCCACCACAAAUACAACAAGGAGCACACGCUGUCGCCCUUUGCUGGACUGGCCUUCAAUCCCUUUGAUGGCAUCUUGCAGGCGAUUCCCUACUGUUGGACGCUGCUCUAUGUUCCCAUGCAUUUCCUGACCCACGAGCUUCUGCUCUUUGCCACUGGUAUCUGGACCACAAACAUACACGACUGUAUACACGGCAGGGCUGAUCCCAUCAUGGGCGCGGGCUAUCACACAAUUCACCACACCACCUACAAGCACAACUAUGGCCACUACUUUGUGUACAUGGACAAGCUCUUUGGCACGCUGGUAACCCCAGAGGACUAUGAAGCCGAGCAGCAGGCAAAGCUCAAGGCAACAUGA